AUGAGUGGCACUGGGAACUACUACAACGUCGGUGCGCGAGCAGUCAAGCCGCAGCGGGCAAGUCGCGGGUCAGGAGCGAUGCGUGCUUUCAAUGAAAUGGGGGACCAGGCUCCACGACAAGUUCCAGGUGCUGUUUAUGUUGAGGAGGACUUUCCGGCUCUGACGCGGUCGAACGGCUCGAGCGUCCGAGGCAAAAGCAACAUCAAUGCGAACGCGGGCGGCAAGCCUGAUGCGACGAUGACACCAGAACAAUCAGAUAGCACCGGUGGUGCGACUUCCGCAUCGCCUGAAAAAGAGCGGCGACGAGCAGACGCACCGAGCACGGACGCCACCUCAGUGUCCACGGGAAACAGCCAGGAGGCGUCCACCUCGGGGCACGCUCGCCUGCGGUCCACGUUUUCCCAGUCGGCACCGCAUAUGAAUGCUUUCUAUGCACCCGGGUCCUACAUGACCAUGAUGAGCGAUAUGACAGCGGGAAUGGGUUCGCAUCAUGAAUCCGCCGCGCUGCCGUACGGUGUCCGUAUGGGCGAACAGUUCUCGCAAACAAUGAACGCAAUGCCGCUGUUGAACGGUAUGGGUCCCGGUGCACAUCGGACUCGUCAGAUGCGCAAUGGACCUCGCUCCGGUAUGAAUGCUGUUGCACAUCACGUCGGUGAGGAGCUGGCCACCUGCACCCUCCAAAUUGAGCUGAAGCGCUUCUAUUUUGACUUGCGCGCUAACGAGCGCGGCGCCUUCCUGAAAAUUGCCGAAGCGGAAGCGAAAGGCUCUCGCAGCAAAAUCAUCAUCCCUGCGUACGGUCUGGGCCAGUUCAAGACCAUCCUAGAUAACAUGGUUGCUGAAUCCAGGAAGGAAUAUCAAAGCGAGCAGCGCGCAGAAGCGCCGAGCACGCCAGCGACAGCCGCACCCGAGAGCAGCGAGCCGCCCGCCCUGCCCAGCUCGGACGCACCCUCCGAGGCCGAUGGUGAUGGACAACGUGGAUCUGAGGGCUCUUCCGACGAGGUCGACGGCCAGACGAGCACUCCUCAGAAAGAGCGCGAAGCAGUCCUCGCAGCACUCGGGGCAGAGGCGGUUGCCUCGGGUACCCCGCAAAGCGCCGUUAUCGAAGGACAACUCGUCGAGAUUCCCGCCACGGGCCUGCCGACAACCCUGGCCUCGGCGACGAUGCGCGUCGAAACCAAGAAAUACUACUUUGAUCUGCUAAGCAAUGCAAAAGGGAAAUAUCUGAAAAUAUCCCAGAGCGCCGGCAGCAACAAACGCAGUAGCAUUGUUGUACCGGCAACUGGCCUGGCAGCGUUUCGAGACUCUGUUCACGAGAUGUGUCGGUAUGCGGAGAUGACGCUGCAUUUGGCUGCGAACCCGAAUAUCAUGGCGUUCGCGCCAGGCGCUGCCCCCGCGAUCGCGUACCCGAUGUUUCCUCCGGGUGCUGGACCACCAGGCAUGCCGUCUGCGCUCUACACGUCCAUGGGACCACCGCCGCCUCCGCCCGCAGCGCCUGGCACCGCAGGAGCUGCACCUUCAGUGCCAGCGGCGCCCGUGGCCACCAGCGUGCCGGCAGCGUCGCUAGCCGAAGCGGCCGCGUGUCGGCGCCAACACCGCCGGCGGAAUUGGCCCCCCGUGCCCCCCCCCCCCACCCCGGCGCCACCAACGGCGGCACCGACCAGCGGCCUUGCCCCUGUAGAUAUGAAUCUGGCAUUGGGGAACACAUCGGCGUCGCUUGUGCACGGACCGGUUCAAAUUCCGGUUGAUGAAACCUCCAGCGUCAAAGUGGAGUUGGUCGCUAACCAGGUCGGCGACACCCAACAGUCGACCGGCACACGAGCACCGACGCAUCUCGAAAUUACCGAUCCGAAAAACCAGCGUAUUCGCGUACCUCUGGGUAGCCUCGCUGCUCUGCAUUCUGUUCUGGGAGAGUGGUUGCAGGUAGCGGCAGCGCAUCCUCUGUAA